UUUAUCGGCAUUUUACGGUGGAUUUUUCGUGAUUUCCGGCUGCGCGAGUACUCGCUGCUUUACGGUUCGCUUUUGUGCUUCCGGGGUUUAAAUAAAGUUCAGAAGUCGAGGUGGAAUUACUUUAAAACUAAAUUGUAUGAGCGCUCCAUUACAGCUGGUGGCGCUGUCGAGCUGCAACACAAAAUACCAACAGAGAAGAAGAAACAGAAGCGGAAACCGGAAGUGUUGAGGCGGAAAGCGGGUGAGAGCCGCAGUGACUCAGCAGAGUUUCACUAGAAAAACACACUACAGAGAUGGCGGAGGACGAGGCUGCGGGCCAGGCCGAUCGGUCCGAGCAGCUCUCCGCGGAGGAUUACGCCGCCGAGGCCAUGGCCGCCGACAUGGACCCCUGGAUCAUAUUCGACGCACGCAAAACGCCGCGGGCCGAGUUCAGCGGCUGGCUGGAGUCCAACAGGCCGUCGCAGGUCAGCCGCUACGGAGACGGCGAGGGCGGCACGGGCCCGGUGGGCUGGAUCGCCGUACGCGGGCCGCACUUCUGCGAGGAGCUGGGGGACGUGGAGGGCCUGCAGGAGAGCUGGGAAACGCUGCUGGACAGCGGCCGGAGCGUCACCUUCCACACCAUCCGCGAGCUGGCGCUCAACCACGGCGUCCUGCACGGGAAGUGGCUCGUGCACCUGGACACGGGCUUCAAGGUGGACCGCGCCUGGGAGUGCAUCGCCAGAGCCGCGCUGGACGGCAAGAUCUCCUCGGCCAAGGUGAGUCCGCGAGGCCCGCACGGCCCGCGCUCCGACUCCAGACACGUCAUCUGCGUGUACAACCAGAACUUCACCGACGAGGAGCAGGUCGUGCGGCUGGACGCCACCAUCCGCGCCGCCGGGGUCAAGUGCGUGCUCUACUACAAGCCCGACGUCUACACGUAUCUGGGAAUCUACCGCAACAACCGCUGGAAGAUCUGCCCCACCGUCUACGAGAGCAUGUUCGACCUGGAGAGCGUCCCGCGCCGCUCGCACAUCGUCAACAGGGUCACCAACCUGGAGGUCACCUAGCCCAACCUUACGACUCUUUUGUUUUCCUUUACGAAACGGUGACGAUUUCUGUUCAUUACGUGGAAAUGACACAUUUGCAGGAACUGCAUGCGAAUACAGCCGAAUUGUUGAAGGGCUUCACUUUGUGUUAUUCUUUUAAAACUUGUUUUGUUUUUUAUAUUUAACGAGGUUUCGUUCGGUUCAUUUGUUCUUUUUGCCAAAUAAACAAGCAGGAGAUUUUCA